AUGAAGUUUGGAAAGGAGUUUGUUUCCCAGAUGGUGCAGGAAUGGCAGCAAGCCUAUAUGGACUACAAUUUUCUCAAGAAGUUGCUGAAAGAUGUCUGGAAUUUCAGACACAGAAAUGCAUCAACAUCAGCAUCAGACUUGAUGACCCCAAAAGGUACCUUAAAGAGAAGGCUCUCCCUGUAUAGAGCCUUCAGUGGCCUGACCGGUUAUCACAACAGUCUGCGAAGUUCCCUUGGAAAGAAUAACGAGGAUGAGGUAAUACUAGUCAGUGCAGCUCAACAACCAGAAGACCAUGACUCAGAAGGGAGCUACCAAACCAUGUUCUUAAUGUCUUCUGAAGAAGGGGGAGAAUAUGAGCUUGUAUUCUUCAGGAGGUUGGAUGACGAGUUCAACAAAGUACUCAAAUUCUACAAGGCCAAGUUAAAUGAAGUGAAGUCUGAGGCAGAUGAAUUGAGUAAGCAGAUGGAUGCUCUCAUUGCUCUGAGAAUCAAGGUUGAUAAUCCAUUGAUGCAACUAAAUGGUGCCUACAAGAGUACAAAUGGUAGAGCCCCACCACCAGAUUCGGUUGUUCAUUCGAAUAAUGUUGGCAAACAAGCAAUGUCUCAUAUGGAUGCAAUUCAAGAAGUUGAGAUGGGCAGUGAAGGGAUUUCUGAGGAUCAAAUGAGAACAGGUGGCAGGGAAUCAAAGAGCAAUCAUCAGAGGAUGCGAGACAAAAGCAAUUUAAAUGUUGCUGAGGGAUUCGCGUUUCCUGAAUUAGAAGUCUUGGAUCAUGUAAGGGUCAAUGUUGAACCAGAAACUCCUGUCUCAACUUUGAAAAACGUCUUUGUGAGCUCAAAAUCCGAUCUGUCAUUCAGCAAGGAGGAGUUAAAGAAAGCAGAGGACAAAAUCAAACAGGCAUUUGUUCAAUUUCAUCAAAAGCUUCGACUCCUUAAAAGUUACUGCUUCUUGAAUUUAUUGGCUUUCUCUAAGAUCAUGAAGAAGUAUGACAAGAUCACAUCAAGGAGUGCAUCAAAAACUUAUCUAGAAAUGGUUGACAAUUCUUAUCUAGGGAACUCUGAUGAGAUUACUAGACUAACAGAAAGAGUGGAGGCUACGAUCAUAAAGCACUUCGCCAAUGGAAAUCACAGGGAAGGCAUGAGACUUUUAAGGCCACAGCCUUACAGAGAGAGGCAUAGUGUAACAUUUUUCUUGGGUCUCUUCUCUGGCUGCUCGAUCGCGCUGGUAGCAGCCAUUAUAGUCUCCAUCCAUGCAAGAAACCUUCUUAAUAGUAAGGAACGAGGACGAUACAUGGAAAAUAUAUUCCCACUUUACAGCUUGUUUGGCUACAUCGUCCUACAUAUGGUCCUAUUUGCCGUGAAUAUGUAUCUCUGGAGGUGUUUUCGAGUUAACUAUCCCUUUAUAUUUGGAUUCAAAGAAUUCGUUGGUUAUAGAGAAGUCCUCCUCCUUGCUUCUGGUCUUUCAGUACUCACUUUGGCUGCUGUGCUUUCAAACCUGGAUAUGGAAAUGGACUCUGGAACCAAAAGCUACAGGACAAUCACUGAAUUGGUGCCAUUAGGCCUUGUAACUGUAGUGCUUUUUAUACUCUUUUGUCCUUUCAACACCAUAUAUCGCUCAAGCCGCUUCUUUCUUAUUCAAUGCUCAUGGCGCUGUCUCUGUGCCCCUCUUUACAAGGUUUCUCUCCCGGACUUUUUCUUGGCCGAUCAGCUCACUAGCCAGAUUCAGGCUUUCAGGAGCCUGGAAUUCUAUGUCUGUUACUAUGGUUGGGGAGACUUCAAAAGGAGAUCAAACAGAUGCCAGGAGAGUCAAGUUUAUCAAAUCUUUUACAUCAUUAUAGCAGUCGUUCCUUUUUGGGCUCGCUUUCUUCAGUGUCUGCGUCGGUGGUUGGAGGAAGGCGAUCCUGUGCAAGUGCUUAAUGGGCUCAAGUAUUUCUCAACAAUUGUUGCUGUUGUGAUGAGGACUAUUUAUGAUCUCAGAAGAGGUACCUUUUGGAAGAUUAUGGCAGCUGCCAGUUCUGGAGUUACUACAAUUGGCAGCGCGUACUGGGACAUUGUAAUGGAUUGGGGUCUCUUGCGAAGAAAUUCCAAAAACCCCUGGCUCAGAGAUAAGCUCCUCAUAUCUAACAAGAAGAUUUACUUUGCUGCCAUCGUCAUUAAUAUCCUGUUAAGACUUGUGUGGAUGCAGCUGGUUCUUGAUUUGCAAGAAGCACCAUUCCUCCACAGGAAAGCCUUAGUUGCAGUCGUUGCCUGUCUCGAAAUCCUUCGGCGAGGCAUCUGGAACUUCUUCAGGCUGGAAAACGAGCACUUGAAUAACGUAGGGAAGUACAGGGCGUUUAAGUCGGUACCACUGCCUUUUUACCACGACGGAGAGAAAAAUAGGUAACCCCAUUGUACCU